UUGGCGGUUACAUUUUAUUUAUCGUGGUAUUAAUUAAAAAGCAAAAAUUGAUGUGUUUAUAUUAAUCAACAGUCAGUAAAGCCAUUUUAUUUAGUAUUUCCAUUCUCUUAAAGUAUGACAAAGUAAAAUUUAAAAAAAUUUUUGUGGAGUUUGAGUAAGAUUGGUUAUUCUUAUCUUGUAUGCUUUAUCAAAAGUUCAUCACGUCCUUUUUAUAAAGUUCAUUAAAUUUUUAAUGCUAUCGGUAUGACACCUAAUAUUUACACACCAAUUGCUUUAAAUUAUAUUUUUGUAUUUAUAUCUUUUGGUUUAAGCAUGGCUAACAAAACAUUGUCUAGUACGCAGUUUACAAUGAAGGAUUCCAAAAUAUUUAACAAUGAAAGCCAUUGGAUCCCUCCAGAAAUCACGUUUCAAUCAGUUAUGGUAAACUACAAUAAAAUAGUGAAGCCCAAAGGUAUGGUUCACGUUGAUUUGGAUAUUCGUGUUUUAUCUUUUGAUAAUUUGGAUGAGAGCUCAAUGAAAUAUAAUGUUGAUUUUUACUUUUCUCAACUUUGGUACGACGAAAGGUUUAGAGUCUUGCCGAACAGUCCUAAUUCAUGUAUUAGUAUUGUGGGGAAAAAUGCAGAAGAUUUAUGGUUGCCAGAUACAGUGUUAGUUAAUUCUAAAGCUUCUAAAUUCCAUUACGUAACUGUCGAAAACCGAUUUACCACAGUAAAUUUAUCGAGCGGAAUGAUUUUACAACAUGCAAGAAUUUCUACAACUGCAUCUUGUCACAUGGAUUUAAGAAAGUAUCCAUUUGAUAAGCAAACCUGUUAUAUCGCAAUUGAGAGCUAUGGCCAUGAUAAAACUGAAUUAGUUUAUAACUGGUUGUUAGAUGAGAAUUCAAUUGAUGAAAAAUUUAACAUUGCUGUUCAUGAUAAAGAAAUGGCAAAUUUUUAUGUAACAAGCGCAAUUAAAAGUUUAGAAAAAACUCGUCAUCACGAAGCAUCAUUUUCCAGCGCAACUGCAAAAUUUACAUUUUGCCGGCGACGAGAAUAUUUUAUUUUACAAAUUUAUCUGCCGUGCGCAUUAAUUGUGGCUGUGACGUGGAUAUCGUUUUGGAUAACACCAACUUCUGUUCCUGCGCGUUGUGGUAUUUCAGUAACAGCUCUACUGACAUUGAUCACCAUGUUAAGCAUUACAAACUCAAGAAUGCCAAAAGUUGGUUACAUAAAAGCACUGGAUCUCUAUUUGUUCACUUCGCAUAUCUUUGUAUUUAUGACUCUAAUUGAAUACAUUAUUGUUCUUCAUUGGUUUCAAAAUAAGAAGAAUGUUUCGGAAAAAAAAAUCUCACCGUUUGACUGGCGUUUAAAGUGUAAAUAUACAUCGUCUGAUAUAUUUGAUAAAAAAAAUACUCAAAGUAACGAAAAUGAAAAUUCGAACAGAUCUGCAUUAUUCUGUAAACUGUUAAACAAAAGAAGCGCCAUUCAAAAUGAAAGAAAAAAUACUUAUAUUAAAUCUGAAAACUUGAAUUUAAUAAAUGAAAGAAGUAACUUUAAGUUUCAAAACUUGAAAUCCUCUUUGGUGAACAGAGAGCAGAUCGAGAUUCUAGCAAGAGAUGAUCCGAACUGCUCAAAUGUUAAUAUUGAUUUUGUUGCACGUUUUGUGUUUCCGAUUUCUUUCUCUUGUUUUAAUAUACUCUACUGGUUGGUUUAUUUUAAGGAUUAGAAU